CUGUAAGUACGUCGCGGGCGUGCGUCUUGUUUCAUAGAGACAAAUUGACUAUGUAUCAACCACGAUAGUGUUUUAAAAAAAAUUCAAUCGCUCAUUUUUUAAUUUAAUUUGUAUUCGUUUUUAAAAAUGCCUUCAUUGCGAUGAUAGGCAACAACAUUGAAGCGUGUUCUUUAUUUGAAAAUAAUCCUGUUCAUAAAUAAAAAAAAAUAUAUACUUUCAAUUUUGACAAUUCAAAUUUUGAUUUAAGAAGACUUAAUUUAUUUUUAAAAGUUUAGUUUUAAGUGAUUAUUUUUUUUAAAAUGGCGAACAAAAAGUGCGAGGACAAUAAGGUGUGUGAAGUUUCAAAAGUAUUUGAAAAUUUUGGUCGAUAUCAAAUAAUUCAAUACUCGUUGAUUUGUUUCCCUGCCAUGUUCGUCACUAUGAUCAACAUUAAUUACAUAUUUGCUGCCGGAGAUAUCAAUUAUAGAUGUCGAGUAAACGGGUGCGAAGACCAGGGCUCAAGUUUCCACCCAGCUUGGUGGCCGAACCAGACCAUAGACCGGUGUUCCUCGCCAGUCCUGCUGGAAGACCAUACUCAACCGUUCUGCACCAAUCAGAGCUUCAGCGAGGAGCUGAAGACCUGCACCGAAUGGGUUUAUGAGUCCAACGAUACUAUUAUUGCUGAGCUAAAUCUGGCCUGUCAACCAUGGAAGAUAAACCUGAUUGGAACCAUCCACAGCACUGGAAUGCUGGUUUCCAUGAUAAUCUCGGGGUGGAUGUCAGAUAGGUUCGGCCGUAUGCCAACGUUCAUAUUCUGCGUAUGCGGAGGCUGCAUCGGCCUCAUCAAGACAUUCGUGACUUCCUACUACGUGUACGUGGUCAUCGAGUUCUUGGAGGCAGCCGUCACAGGAGGCUCCUACGCUGCUGCUAUGGUCAUAUUGGUCGAGAUAGCCAGCGCGAGACACAGGCUGCUAUCAGGAGUAAUUUUCGCGUAUGCUAUCUACCUCGGCGAGUGCUUAUUCGCCGUCAUUGCCAUGUUCGUGCCAUACUGGAAGACUCUACUCCGCAUCAUCAACGGACCUCUCAUCUUCUUCAUAUCCUACAUCUUCAUCAUCCAUGAAAGCCCAAGGUGGCAGAUUGUUAACGGGAAAAUAGACAAAGCAAAGGAAUCAAUCAGAAGAAUUGCAAAAAUGAACAAAAUAAAUAUUGACUAUGAAGAACUUGAUGCUAUAACUGAUGUGGAUCUAAAAAACAAGUUCGAUAUCGCUGAAAACCAAGUGAAGGAGGGUUAUGGUGAAAUAUUCAAGUCCAAAGUGAUUCUGAAGAGGUUGUUAGUGGUGGGGAUGUGUAGGUUCACAUCUAGUUUCGUGUACUACGGGUUGAUGAUCAACUCCGUAUGGUUACCGGGCGACAAGUAUGUGAACUUCUUGCUGUCGACUGUAAUGUCGUUUCCAGGGGAGAUCAUUAGUUUGUAUCUGAUGAACAAGUACGGGAGGAAGAUACCGUUGAUGGCGGGAUACUUUAUCAGUGGAACAGUUUGUGUCAUCUCUGCCUUAGUGCCUGAUAGCUACCUAUGGGCGAAGAUCACGUUGUUCCUGUUGGGUAAGGUGAUCAUCUCCGCGUGUUUCACUGGAGCCAUCACCUACACCAUGGAGCUGUUCCCCACCAGUGUGAGGGGUACUCUGCUCGGUCUGGGCUCCUUCGCGUCCAGACUCGGUGGAAUGCUCGCACCUUUGUCUCCGAUAUUGAACACAAUAUCGACGGCGUUACCAUUCACGUUUUUCGGUUGUUCAGCGAUCAUAACCUCGAUGUCUCUCUUCCUCACUCCUGAGACGAAGAAUACUCCUCUCCAUGACACCAUCAAACAAGUCGAGGAGAGCGAUAGAAGAAGAAAAGAAGAUAAAAAAGAGAAAGCAGUAGCUCAAUCUAUGGACACUAUUAGUAGUCAUAUUUAAGUAGACUUUAUAAUUAAUGUUAAUUUUUUAAGUAAAAACGUAUUAAUAGAUUUGUA